UUUGCAUGUGAAAGUCCCCACCCUUCACCAGGUUCUCAGCACUGCUCCUGUUCAGACACAUUCAGUUGUUGUUUUUUUUUCUUUUUCAGAGACUAACAAAGCUCCUUUAGCUUGUGACAUACCUCAUCUUUACUGGUACAACACGGGAUAAGAAUGCUAAGAGACACAGCAUUAUUAUUUCUUCUUAAGUAAGUAACUUUUUACAAAUGGCAAAGACUUGAAUGACAUACUCGAUGUUACUGAAGUACUGAAUUGUUUGGAGCCAGUGGAAGAAAGCUGCAGAGAUAACAGGUAGCAAAGGCUGUACAGCGUUUUGAGGAAUCCAAAUCGACACAGUGAUGGAAUCCGAUUUUUCACUACUGUCCUCCUCAAAGGGAGAGUUCAAGGAGGAAGAUUACAUACAGCCACAUUACAAGGAAGCAUAUCGGUUAGCCAUCGACUGCCUGGUCAAAGAGGGAGAAGCUUCUUAUCGAAAUUUCAUCAAAGAGGAAGGCAUAUGCGGUUUCCUCUCUGAGGAGGAAAUCAACCAUAUUACAGAGAGCGCUGUGCAGCCCCCCACCAGCAACCACUCAGAGGAAGUGGACUGUCUGCAGGAUGAUACAUCCUCCACAGGCACAUACUGGCCCACUCACUCUGACACUGACCCGCCAAACCUGGAUUUAGGCUGGCCAGACGUCCCGCACAGAAGGCUCGAGACCAACAUAGACCUGCUGUUCCACCCACCGAGGCAAAACAGCCCCACUAUCAAGGAAGUGAUCCGCAAACAAAUACAGGAUGCCAGGCAGGUCAUUGCAAUCGCAAUGGAUGUUUUCACCGACGUGGACAUCUUUAAAGAAGUGGUGGAUGCCUCAGUCAGAGGUGUCCCUGUCUACAUUCUCCUCGAUCACAAUCACUUUAAAAGCUUUCUCAAUAUGAUAGAAAAACAAGACAUCCAAAUCCAGAAACUGAGGAAUAUGAGGAUACGCACAGUGAAAGGCCAGGAAUAUUGUUGCAAAUCUGGGGUAAAGUUCCAUGGAGGAAUGGGGCAGAAAUUUCUUCUUGUUGACUGCCAAAAAGUAUUUUUUGGAUCAUACAGCUUCAUGUGGUCUUACGAGAAGAUCAACCUCAGCAUGGUUCAAGUUAUAACAGGCCAAUUAGUGGAGACUUACGAUGAGGAAUUUCGGACGUUGUAUGCUCGAUCGACAAUCCCAGCUCUGUUUCAGACUGCCAGUGUGAACCAGUGUGAGAUGAAGCCCAAUGGUAUAAUAGACGGAUCUCUGAUUCAUUCCAGCAAGCCCUUUGAAAGGAAAGAUCAUUUGAGGCACACGCUUGAUGCUGUUUACCGGCAAGCCUGCGAAAGGAGAUCAGGAUUCUCGGCACUGAGAGAGGUUGAAGAAAGACCACUUGUUACACCGCAUGCUCGAUUCCUUCAAGACACAUCAGAGUUUUACAAAAGACACAGCUACGCAGGAGAACGGCAGGAGCCUGCAUAUCUGCCAAAAUUGCCCAAGUAUGGCUCUAGUAAUUGGAACAUGGCAGCAGAUAGCAACCGUUAUGGCGGUUUCUCCAACAACGUGGACAACCAGUACGAAAGUUACGUCAUCAACCCGAUGUUCAGAGGCUCAAAUAUGCGCCAGUCUUACCACGGCCAUGACAAACAAAUUCUCAACAUGAGGCAAAACCUGCCCAGUUUAGCAAGUACUUCCAAGUCUUUCCUUCGGACAUGGAGGAUAGAGUCUUACCUUAAUAACAGCAACGAUGCACCUUACGGCGAGAACAAUGAUUAUCUGGACCAAUUUGAGGAAAAUAAAAUGGCUCCUCCACAACACUCUCGCAUCAGGUCAUCAGUUGUUUUCACGUCCACCAUACCGGAACAACCAGAGACAAACAGCUACUCCAAUAAUUCAGCAUCCUCCAACCACGAUCCGGCACGAAUUCAGUCAAACGCUCAGAUGUAUUCCUCAACCCAGUGGAAUCAGACAGCACAGCAUGAUGACUACUUGCUGAAGAGGCGCAGUUUACAGAUUUUAGAAAACUCAGGAAUUAACAUGACCUAUAACUCUGGAAGGGAUGCCAUAUAUGCAAGUUUAAACAGAGCCAAAAAUCGAUUUGCAAACAAGGAGCAUGACUACCAGCAAGAUGACAGAUACAAAAGGCACAGCUUGGCCGAUCCCAGGUGCAAGACAUAUAACAAUGACUUUAUUGAGCCCUCUAGUUACAUGUACGCAUCUUUACCUAGAAGACAGAAUGUCUGCAACGUGUCUGCAAACGAGAAUCCCAGAAAUGGAGCAUACACACCGAAUUUCAAAGAGGACCAGAGGUCUGUCUCACAUAAUGAUUUCCAAAAGGCAGAUGAGAGCAAAACUACCUCAGGAAAUAUAUGGCAAGAGCCUCCCACAAGAACUGUGUCAGCAUCACUUCUGGACACAGAGGACACUCAGCCUUCGAAACCAAACAGCGUAUCAUCGCAGCGUUUCUUGAAAAGGAGCACCAAGAAAAUAAAAUCCCUUCUUAACAUCCCACAAAAGGGGGACAACUCACCGAAAGGAAAGAACUCAGAAAGUCUCAAAAUGGGAAGCAGCACAGAUACGAUUCUCUCAGAUUAUGAUGACACAGUGCAAGGCAAGAAACACCAGGGUAGCACUGCCAAUUCCAUCAAGUCCGUUGAGAGCAGCAGACUGAAGCGAGCUAAUGGGAAGAUCCCUGGAGCCGAGAAUCACUCUCCUGUUCUGGCAGGAGAGGCAUCUGCGCCUCGGUUUAGCACCGAAGAGCUUCAUCCGUCUCACACACCUGCAAGUGCAGAGACUUCCAAAACACAGGAACAAUCCACGGUCAUUUCUCAGAAUGAGAAGACAGACUCGACACUAACCAGAUCGGAUCUGGUGUCAAAGCAGCAUGUAUCAGUAAACAGGCUGUAUAGCAGAUUUGAGCCGCUUUGCUCAUUUGAAAGCAGGGGUCCCACAACAGGCCAGCCUGCCUAUGUACCUGAACAGAGUCACGUAAGCGAGAAAACAAGGAAUUCUGUCUUUUUAAGAAGACAGCCCAUGAAUGAUCAUAACAGUUAUACAAACCAGCAGACGCAGGGACAUGACAAUAGAAUUGGCCGUUUCAUUCAAAGAGUUGGAAAUUUAAUACACAAGAAUAAGUACUGAAAUAACCAGUGAAAUGACAUUGAAGCUGAAGCAUGUCAUUUCUACACCACUAUAUUGACUAAAUGGCAUUGCAAAUAUUGCACAAAUAAGUAUUUUCAAACAGGUUUCUUAAGCACUAUUCUCCACCUUUCAGACUAACAGAUAGCCCUGCCCCAACUAUUGCCAAGGUUGUUAUGUCAGAAUGGCCGGGAUGCUCGUGCUCAAUGGCCUGUUGAAAUUGUCAUUGCAUAUUAAACAGGGAUAGGAUUAAAAAAAAAAAAAAAAAAAAAAAUUCCCCUUUUUGGCUUUGAAAAUGUGCAACAGUGAUGUUUACUUGAAUGCAUUGCCAGUGUUGAAGGUUUGCAAUAUAACUGGUGGAAAAUGCUGCAAGCACUGUUAAACUGUUACUUUGUAGUAGCUUUUGUUUUAUUAUUAUUAAUAUUAUUUGUACAUUUAAAAGGAAUGUUUUGUGUUGGGAUAAUGGGCAGACUGGGUUCAUCAUUUCUUUUAUUUGAGUAAUUGCCACUUGAAACAUUACCUAAGCAAUAAAACAAACAAAAAACAACAACACAAAUUUGUGCUUGCUGACAGGCUGUAGAAAACCAUCUAUGCUACUUUAAGCUUGCACUUCAGCUUGGACAAAUGCUUCUCAGAGAUAUCCCAGAUUGUUUAAAGUCUACAUUGAAAUGCUGGAACACAUACAAAGUAUACAGUAUAAUGUUGGUUUGUGGGUAAUUGGUGCUUAACUAUCUUUAAGGAUGACCACACUGCCUUUGCACUAUAUAUAGGUCAUGAUGUUGCUUGUGUUAACAUUGUUUGUGUCAUGAUUGAUCCAUUUUUUUUUUUUUUGCACACAAAUACGGUCACUAUUGCUUGUAUCCCAACAUGCUACUUACCAAAUAAAUUAAUGGUCAUUAAACUGAU